AUGAGUGCAACAACAAGGUCAUUGCGUGAUCCAAAACAAGAUCAAGUCGGACUUAAAAACAUGGAAAGACUUGAACAGCAACGUCGGCAAAAAGUUGCAAGAUCAAGAUCUGAUGAUGAAGAUAUGGAUACUCCUAUGAAUGAUGAUCAGUAUACUUAUCCUAAAACACCCAAAACUGCACGUUAUAAUGGUCCUCAUNUCAUUGUCAAAGAAUAUCUCAUAACUCGGACACAUUAA